GGGCGUGGUGCGUGUAGAAGGCGGGGCGGGGCGGGGGCGGGGCGACGGCCGUUGCAGCGCGCCGGGCCCUAUAGUGGAGCCCAGGGAUGAAGCAGCUGUGCUGUUCUUGUCUGUUGUGGCUUGGACUCCUACUGGCUCCUUUCUCCCAGGAACAAGAAGAGGUCACCAGCCCCACGAAGUUGUGCGGCAGGGACCUGUUGGUAGAAGUUAUAAAACUCUGUGGCCAAAAUGACUGGAGCCGGUUCUCGAUGGAAGAGCAAAGUCCUAUGACAGAGUUGGUUCCCCAAUAUACACGGAAAGUCAAAACCUUCAACCCUCACCGGUCCUCCUCCUCCUGGGGAAGAUUCACAAACCCAGGCGUCUCCCAGAAGAAAGCAACACACACUUGGGAAUCUCAGUCACUGCCCAACUAUCAGCUUAAAAAGGAGGAGCUGCUUCCGAAGACAGGAGUGCAUUCAUACCACGGUGGCAAGCCCUAUGUGAAGAGUGUAAAAUUUCAGAAGAAAAACACUGACAAAAUGAGUACCUUCAGCGGCUUAUUUUGGGGGAACCAUCCCCAGAGGAAGCGCAGAGGUUUCGCAGAUAAAUGCUGUGCUAUAGGGUGCUCCAAAGAGGAGCUGGCCGUCGCAUGCCUUCCGUUUGUUGAUUUUUAAACCUUAACGAUUAAACAAACAUCACUGGUGACAGAGAUGUACAAACUGCCGUAGAAACCAUGCUCACUUAAUAAAAGCUUACAAAAUCCA